CUACGGACCCUCAAAAAAAAAAACCCCUCGCCGCCUACGGCGAGAUCCCCCACGCCACGCACGCGGCGCUGCAGCUAAAACCCUAAUCCUCCACCGGCAGCGCGGCUCGCCGCGGGCGGUUCCGCGAUGCGCCGGUGCGCGGCGGCGAUCGCGAGGGCGGUGGUGGCGUUCCUCGACGCCGUCCUCGUGGGCUGCCUCCUCUCGUGCUUCCGCCCGCGCCCCCGCCGCGGCUCCGGCUCCAGCGAUGCGCUCGUGCACGGGGAUCGGGCCGCGGAGUUGACUGAUGGUGGUGGCUGUGAUGAGGAGGAGGAACUUAGGCUCGAGGCCAAUUACCUCAAGUUAUGUGGCACUAUAUCUGAAACUCCAGCUGAGCUUCAAACUGAGUGUGAUAACAUGCCAACCGCUGUAGCAGCAACCAACUGGGCAUCACUAUUUGAAACUACAUCUGAAGGAUGUGAGGAGAAUCAUGCACCGUCUGAACUGAGCAUUGAAGAUACCCAGCAUCUUCCGGGAGUUGAAUUAGUUCCUGAUGCAGCUUUCUUGGGAAAGAGCCUGUUUCAGAACAUGCAACACAAGCAGGCUGAUUGUAGUGGUUCACCCUUUGCAACUCCUUUAGUUCUCAGGGAUGAUAUGCAGACCCCUGGAACAAUCUAUACUUCACAAAGAGGGGCUUCUAUGUCUGGAAAGCGUGUGCACAUCCGGAAACAGUUCGUCUACCCGGUCUUGAGACCGAUCGAGAACAGACUUCAGCAGAUGGAAGUGACAGAAGAUUCUUCACCAUCGCCGCCAUCCAAUCCCCCCAAAAGGAAAAACCUGGAAGUAGAUUCUGUCAAGAAGCCAAAGCAAGCAUAUUCAACUUCAGUGGUUAAAUCAGGUUUGUCCGAAACAUCAUCAUCAUUUUCACGCCAGGUAAAAGAAGCACUCUCUCCUGAGGAGUUAUUGGAUAGCGGAGAACUAUCAAAUACCAAGUCAGGUGAAAAGAAUGCUGCAUUUAGCCUGUGCCACUGGGUGAAAUCUUCCUCCACUACAGAUGUUAAGAACCAAGGUAAUGUUAAGGGUGCAGCAGGCGAUCAAUCAUAUGAUGAGUGCAGCUUUCCAACGGAGAGACCUGGCUUCAAUGCUUCUGAUCUUGGGUGGGAUAUUGAGAAUCCUACUCCUGGGUUACCCAAGACAUGGGAUGGCAAUGGUAUUCCCAACACAAUCACCAGAUACAAGGAGGAUCAAAGGGUUAGUUGGCACACCACACCGUUCGAGGAAAGGCUACUGAAGGUGUUAUCUGACGAGGAGCAUCGCCCUCCAAGGUCAUCUUCUUGCUUAUCCAACCUUUUUUUCUCAUGCACCAUGGAACCAUAAUCACGCUACUUAAUAUGGUAGUCUAAUGGCAAUAUCAUGCAUUCGAAGCAGGAAAGUGGUCCGUGGAAAGUUGUUCCAUCUGGAGAAGAAAGCCGAAUAGCAAGUCAUGAACCUGUCAGCAACAUCUAACGCUAAGGCCUUGUUUAGAUGCAUAAAGUUUUGAGUGUAAAGCAUUGUAGCACUUUCGUUUAUAUUUGAUAAUUAUUGUCCCGUCAUAGAUUAACUAGGCUCAAAAAAUUCAUCUCGCAAAUU